AUGCGGCUCGGAAUGUCGAUUCGGGUGGCCAGCCCCAACAUCGAGCCACAUUCCAUAUUUCUACUCACGUUUGUACACCUCACUGCACCCACACACAUGUUACAUUUCUAUUCCUCCAAGUCUGGACUUUCGCCACCUGUCCCACGCGGUAGUCCCCCCAAGCCAGUCAAGGCACGAAACCUCAGUUUCGCCCUUCUCACGUGGGUCCCCCACGUCCUGCUCGCUUCCGUCCCUUUGCUGCCCACGUUCGCAAUUGCACGCUGCUGCUGCAUGCUUUUGCCUCCCGUGCGCUUCACGCUGCCUCUAGUGCAGCCCCCACUUGUUACACUAUUGCCGACCGCCUCCGGAGCGAUUGCGUCGAAGUUUCUCCGUGCGCGCGCACCCUCCGUUACCCUUGGCGAUUUGGCGGCGAGCGCAGCCGUGUUGCUGUCGCAGCAGCGCAGUUGUCUGCAAUCUGGCGGGGACAGGCGGAGCGGGGGAAUCAAAGGUGGUGGAGAGCGGGGGAAGCGGGGAAAGUCGGGAGUGGGAGAUGGGAGGGGGAGAAUGCGUGGAGGACGCGUGAACAUCGUUCUGCGGCAAGAAGCGGUGGAGGAGAAGCGGGCGGGCACGGCUGCAAGGGGAGUGAGCGUGGGGGAGGUGGUGCGGGGAAGCGGCGCGGAGGAGGGAGGGCAGGCAGCGGCGUCACACAUGACCGUGCGUGAGGGCGAGCACGUGGGACGAGGCUGUGCUGCAGGGGUGGGGGAGAGGGCGGCAGCAGGGCGAGGAGACAGUGCGGCAGCAGAGGAGCGGGGCACAGCAGUCCCGAUCUCACACGCGCACGCACAGCCCGCACCCACGUGUGCUGACCUGCCUGUGCUGGGCGCCAUGACGCCAGGGGCCAGCCCCUCCCACCCUAGGCCCCCCACCUUAGGGGCAGCAGGCCCCUGGUCAGACGCGGCCUUGAGUAUGGGCAGUCAUAGGAGCGCCCAUGCGGAUGCAUGCGCAUCCAUGGAGGGCCACCUGAGCAAGGAGCCAUCUCUGCUCGUCUUCUCCGGAGGCACGGCGUUCAACGCAGUGGCGGAGGCGCUACACGAGUGGACCACCACUGUGGCGCACGUGCUGCCCGUCUCUGAUGAUGGCGGCAGCACCGCAGUGAUUGUGCGCGUCAUAGGUCAGCCACUCACUCACACCCUGCUGCUCUCUGCCUCACCGCUCCCCUGCAAGGUGGUUCUACUGUUGCCACACCACGCUGCCACAUCACGCUGCCACACCACACUGCCACACCACGCUUCUCAUGCUCCCUCCAGCGCCCACCUCUCUCACUCCGCACCCGCUUUGACCCCCUCAUCCCGCACCCCUCAUCCCGCACCCCUCAUCCCGCACCCCUCAUCCCGCACCACUCUCUCUCUGCCCCCAAGCGGGCCUGCCAUCGGUGACAUUCGCUCCCGCUGCCUGCGGCUGUCCGACGGGUCCAGCCACGAGGCCAGAGCAGUGCGGCGACUGCUUGGACACCGCCUGCCACUGCACCCCGCGCAAGCCAAGGCUGAAUGGCUGAGCAUAGUGGAGGGCGAGCAUGAGCUGUGGGGGGACGUGUCGGAUCCAUACAAAGAGAUCAUCCGCGCCUUCCUCCUGCACUUCCACUACCAGGUUCGCCUCCUGCACUUCCACUACCAGGUUCGCCUCCUGGCACUUCCACUACCAGCAUUGCAUGGCCAUCCCCUUUCAGUGAUUACCAUACGGCCCAUGUCUCCUUCCACUCACUCCAGUGACCUGUCCCAAUUUUCAUCUAAUCCCAAUAUCCCUCCCCUAUGUCUUUGUGCGUGCGACCCGCCCUUCCCGUAUGCGUGUUGGCGCACCACAUGGUGUGUUGGCGCACCACAUGGUGUGGUGGCGCACCACAUGGUGUGGUGGCGCACCACAUGGUGUGUUGGCGCACCACAUGGUGUGUUGGCGCACCACAUGGUGUGUUGGCGCACCACAUGGUGUCUUGGCGCACCACAUGGUGUGUUGGCGCACCACAUGGUGUGUUGGCGCACCACAUGGCGUGUUGGCGCACCACAUGGUGUGGUGGCGCACCACAUGGUGUGUUGGCGCACCACAUGGUGUGUUGGCGCACCACAUGGUGUGUUGGCGCACCACAUGGUGUGUUGGCGCACCACAUGGUGUGGUGGCGCACCACAUGGUGUGGUGGCGCACCACAUGGUGUGGUGGCGCACCACAUGGUGUGGUGGCGCACCACAUGGUGUGGUGGCGCACCACAUGGACUGCACCAUCAUCCGCGGGCAGAACGACAUCUCACACCCCGCUGUCGUGGACAGCCCACGCCACCUGCCGCUCACCGUUGACAAGGUCACACUGCACUGCUCCCACCGCCUUGUUGCUGCAAUGCCGCCUCUGCAUGCCUCGACGGCCCUCUCACACCCACACACGUCCACCACCCAGGUUGAUGGAGUGUGCUCACGUGUGCUCCUCCUGCUGCCUGUCUUCCUCUCCCAUUUCCUACCCCCAUUCUCUCUGCAGUCGUCUGACGUGUCACCUCCUCUGCCCGCACCAUCCGCCGUGUGUUCUACAUGUCGAGUGAAGGCACCAACCUGCUGCAUGAGUGCCGCUUGCCAUGGGCUCACCUCAGUGCCGCCUGCCAUGGGCUCACCUCAGUGCCGCCAUGUGCGCCACCUCUGGGAUGCUUCAAGCUGUCAACUGCUGGAACUGCUGCAUCUUGCAUGUGCCCCUUAG